AUGUCUAAGCAAGUUCUCAGUAACACUCUGCAGCAUGAGAAGGUCUUGCUGAACCCAUUUGAAGUCAGUGACGAUCAAAUCUUGGAGAAAGUGUACAUAACCCAUUUCCAUUGUGUUGAAAAGUACGAUGUUGGUGCUCUUUACAUUGUUGCUUCAAACGUUGUCAAUCACUCAAUUGAAAUUGCUGAUUUGAUUGUUAAGGAUGGCCAACAAAUUGAGCAGCUCAGAGAAGAAAAGGGUCCAUUGAUCUCUUUCCCACGACUCCCUGCCUUGAAGCGAAUUGCUUGCCAGAUGAUAUGCACGGCUCGUGGUGAGCAAUAUGCGCAUCAAACAACAAUGUUGAUACUUGAACAGUUGAGAGACUAUUCCUGGGAUGCAAAAACAGUGAUAACUCUAGCAGCUUUUGCUUUUGAGUAUGGGAAAUUUUGGCAACUUGCACCUAUCCCACGUGACAAACUGGGGAAAUCAUUGGCUGAGUUGAAUGGACUUCAAAGCAUAGAGGAAAACAAGCCGCACCUAGAAAACUUUAACAAUUUGGUGAAGAAGGUCAUGCAAGUGGUUCAAUGCAUCACUGAUUGGAAGAAGCUAAUUAUGGCGGAGUAUAACAUAAAGGAUGUGCCUUCAUUGUCAGACACUUUGCAUGAGAUUCCUGUUCUAGCAUACUGGACAAUCAGUACCUUGGUCACCUGUACCAGCCACAUUGAUAUCAUGGGUGAUAAGGGUUACAGAUAUGAGUUAUCAAAAUUUGACUAUAAGCUUGACUUCAUUCUCAAAAAUUUCAAGGACCAUCAGGACAAGUGCAAGAUGCAGAUAGGCCGAAUAGAAGAUUACUCCAGGCGUAAGGAUGUUAUCAAUGCCAUUCAGACUGAUAAAGAAAUUGAAAUUGUCAAGUUUUUGGAAGCUCUUAUUAUCCCCAUUGAUUCGCAGGAUUCAAGACCAAUGGUUUAUAAUGGCCUCACAGGAGCACAGGUUCGAAUAGAAGAGUUUAGGAACAAGUAUGUCUUAUUGUUCAUUUCAGGCCUUGACAACAUUGACUACGAGAUUCAACUUCUAAAAUCAAUAGAUGAAAAAUUGAAGGAAGAUCCAAAAGAGCUAGAGGGUUACAGGAAAGAGGAUUUCAAGAUUUUGUGGAUCCCCAUAGUGGGUGUUUGGGAUGAAGAGCAAAAGAAAAAGUUAGACAAUGUUACUAAGGUUGGGUGGUAUGUGGUCAAAGAAUUCAAUUUCCAAACAGGAAUUGACCUCAUCAGAGAGGUAUUUAACUACAGGGGUAACCCCAUUAUCAUGCUCAUAAGCCCUGAGGGUAAAGUGGAGAACCCUGAUGCAAAGCAGAUUAUUUCUACAUGGGGGAUGGAUGGGUUCCCUUUCAGAACCUCUGAUCACACCCGACUUACUCAGCAAUGGAACUGGUUUUGGACUGAAAUUAUCAGCCUCAGUCCAACAAUAAAGGAAUUGAUAAAUAGGGACUGUUACUUCUUCAUCUAUGGAGGUACCAACAGUAAGUGGAUUGAAGAAUUCACAGCAGCUGUGGAAAAAUUGAAAAAGAAUGAAACUCUCAACCUAGAAGAAACCACAAUUGAGUCCUAUCCGUUAGGAAGGGACAGCCCCAAGAUUGUUCCACGCUUCUGGAUUACCGUAGACAAUUUGCUAGCGAGCAGGAAACUGAUGAGGAAGGGCGGUGAAGAAAUGCAGGACUCUACAACAAAAGAGAUACAGAGAUUGUUGCUCCUUAAACAAGACAAAAAUGGAUGGGCAAUUCUUAGUAAAGGGUCUCAUGUGAAGCUUCUGGGUCAUGGUGAGGCUAUGCUUCGAACUGUCGCAGAUUUUGAGGUUUGGAAAGAGAAAUUGCACCAAGAAGUAAGCUUUGAUGUAGCUUUCAAGGACUACUAUGAGAAAUGCAAGGUUAAAACUGUUCCAAACAAAUGCGAACAUAGGGAAUUUGCUAAUUAUCCCACUGAUAUUCUAGCUCAGCUACCAUGUCCAAAUAAGUGUGGAAAUAUGGAAGUAGCUUCUGUUAAAUACACGUGUUGCCAUGGUCGUGAAACCAGUGACAUUGUCUAAGACAAAUGCUUGAAACAAGUGUCACAUGCAUUAGUCCUGUCUUGUAUGAGACUUCAAAUUUGGUUUCAAUUUGUGAGUGU